CCACGUCUGAAACCAUCUCAUUGACAAUGUAUGAUCCAGAUGCUCCGCUUGUAACUUUAAAUGACAUACUCUCAGCUCGUGAAUUUCAAAAAAGUAGUGAAUUAUGUAUACACACUCCUAUGAUUCACCAUGUACAAGACAGAGUAGGAAUCCCACCGUCUAUCGACCUACAUCUUAAAUUAGAAACCAUGCAAAAAACAGGAUCAUUUAAACCAAGAGGUAUAAUAAAUCAGCUGAGGUAUAUACCAGAUAAAGUGUUAUCCGGCGAACAAACUAUGGUCACCUUGUCUGCAGGCAAUUAUGGAAAGGCGUUUGCGGUGGCAACACAGAUUAAAAAGUUGAAGGCAUUAGUAAUAAUGGCGUCAAGUGCCCCUGACAACAGAGAAACUGUUAUAAAGAGUUACGGAGCUCAAGUUGAAAGGUAUCCAACACCAGAACUUGUAUCAGCUGUAGAUCGCUCAGUAGCUGAAAGAGGAAUGAUAUUUAUGCAUUCAUUUGAUGAUGCCGCAUUAAUUGCUGGACACGGCAGUUUAGGACUUGAAAUUAUGGAAGAUGUCUCUGAUCCUGAUGUUGUGGUUGUUUGUUGCGGAGGGGGUGGUUUAAUAGCUGGAACAGCUGCAGCAAUCAAAUUGUCUGGUAAAACAAGUACCAGAAUCUAUGGAGUUGAACCGGAGGGAGGCAAGUAUGAACAAAUAGAAAUUACCGAGGCUAGCUUUUGA